AUGCCUCCUCCCAAGGCAGACACGGAGGCUCCCCCCCUCCCUGAGACACACACCGACUCCCGAACCUCGGGCAGUGACGGCGGCAACGGAUCCAACGACAACAAGAACGCGGGCGCGGCUGCCGGGGCCCACGCCUCGACCGCCGCCCUCCUCCGCAACCCGCUCGUCGGGCUCACGCACGAUGAGAUUCUCAAAGACGCCGACAGCUUCACCGAGGCAAAGGGCUUGCAGGAACACCGCGAAGUCUUCCGUAAAGGCGCUCUGGUCGCGCAGGUGAUUAACCGACCCGACGGGUUCGAGUCCAUCGCCGCCCUCGUGGAGGAAGAGAAGGCGGUUCUCCGGAAAGAAGUCACCCAUCGUUGGCAUCAGCCUGUGUCACUCUACUUCUUGUGCGCGCUAUGUGCGGGAUCGGCCAUUGUUCAGGGCAUGGAUCAGACCGCCGUCAACGGCGCCCAGGAGUUCUACUAUGAGACGUUUGGCCUCCAAGACGACCCUACAAUGCAAGGGCUCGUCAACGGCGCCCCGUACCUCUGCUCCGCCCUCGUCGGCUGCUGGAGCUCCCCCAUCUUGAACAAGUAUACAGGCCGCCGCGGGACAAUCUUCAUCUCGUGCUUCAUGUCCGUCGUCACCGGCUUCUGGAUGGCUGCCGCAGACAGUUGGUACAAUCUCCUCAUAGCACGCUUCUUCUUGGGCUUCGCAGUCGGCGCGAAAAGCAGCACGACGCCCGUGUACUCGGCUGAGAGUACACCCAAGACCAUCCGUGGUGCUUUGACAAUGAUGUGGCAGAUGUGGACAGCCUUCGGUAUCGCGCUGGGUUUCAUUGUAUCCGUCGCCUUCGCCAACACGGAUUUUCUGGGAGAAAACACUCAGUGGCGAUGGAUGCUUGCUAGUACAUCCGUGCCGCCUCUAAUUGUCAUGGUACAGGUUUACUUCUGCCCCGAGAGUCCGCGGUGGUACAUGGAAAAGGGCAAAUACCAACAGGCUUUCCGAUCGACCCUCCGGCUGCGACACCACCCAAUCCAGGCAGCCAGGGACAUGUACUACGCCCACAAGCUCUUGGAAAUCGAAACGAAAGCCCGGGGCGGUCGCAAUUGGAAGGAUUUCUUCACAGUUCGAAGAAACAGACGCGCCGCGUUGUCCUCGUAUUUCACCAUGAUUAUGCAACAAUUUUGCGGAAUCAACGCCAUGAUGUAUUACUCCACCAACAUCUUUGAAACAAGCGGCUUCGACCGUAGUACAGCCCUCUUGACCUCCAUGGGAAUGGGCCUCAUCAACUGGCUCUUCGCCCUCCCAGCCUUUUACACAAUCGACACCUUUGGCCGCCGCAACCUCCUCCUGGUAACCUUCCCCCUAAUGUCCCUGUGCCUCUUCUUCACCGGCUUCAGCUUCUACAUCCCAGAGGGUACGGGACGACUCGCUUGCGUGGCAACAGGAAUCUACCUCUUUGCGGCAGUCUACUCCCCCGGUGCGGGUCCCGUCCCCUUCACCUACAGCGCGGAAGCCUUCCCCUUGCACAUCCGCGACAUCGGCAUGAGCAGCGCCACCGCGGUGACGUGGGGCUUCAACUUUAUCAUCAGCUUCACCUGGCCGCAGAUGAUUGCCAGCUUCGGCGUCACGGGUGCGUUCGUGUGGUACGCCUGCUGGAACAUCGUCGGCUUCGUCGUCGCCUACUUCUUCUUGCCCGAGACCAAGAACUUGAUGCUCGAGGAGCUCGACAGCGUCUUUGACGUUCGUAGCCGCGACCACGCCGGGUACUAUGCUUCCAAGAUGCCGUGGUAUGCUAAGAAGUAUGUGUUGCGGAGGGACGUGGAGCCGUUCCCUCCUCUUUAUGAAUUGGACAUGGAUGAACCUAGGUAUCGCGAGGCAGAUCACAAGGCUAUUGUGCAUCACGACGAGACGGGGCUUGUUACGGGACAAUCUACCGAGAAGUAG